AUGGCGGACGCCGCGGAGGUGCCGCCGGCGCGGCUUGCGGAGGGGGACGCGCUGGAGCGGGAGCACGUGCUGGAGGUGUACGACGCCAUCGCCGCCCACUUCUCGUCGACGCGCUACAAGGCGUGGCCGAAGGUGCAGGCCUUCAUCGAGGCCCUGCCGAAGUGCGCCCUCGUGGCGGACGUCGGGUGCGGGAACGGGAAGUACUUCGCCUGCGCCCAGCGCCACCGCGCGGAGGCGGCGGAGGCGGAGGGCGCCUGCCGGUACGUUGUGGGCAUCGACGCCAGCGAGGGGCUUCUGCGCCUGGCGCAGCGGCAGCUGCGGCCGCAGGGCGCGACGGACGCCGGCCUGCACGACGCCGUCGCCGGUCGCACCGACUUGCUGCGCGCGGACGGCCGCCGCACCGCCCUUCGCGGGGGCCUCUUCGACGCCGUCGUCAGCGUCGCGGUGCUUCACCACUUCGCCACCCACGCGGGGCGGGUGGAGGCGCUCCGCGAGCUGCUCCGUCUCGUGCGCCGCGACGGCGUCGUGCUCGUCAGCGUCUGGGCGAAGGAGCAGCCGAGGAAGCGGUCCAGAGGCGACGCCGCGGACGUCUUCAUCCCGUGGGAGAUGCACGAGCAGCACGACAAGGCGCGGCGCGUGUACCAGCGCUACUACCACCUCUUCGCCGAGGGGGAGCUGGAGGGACUUGCGGCGGAGGCGGGCGCGGUGGUGCGGGCGUCGUACUACGACAAGGAAAACUGGUGCGCCGUCCUCGCCCCGGCGUGA